AUGGCAGCCGCACCAUGCACCCCCUCUACCUUCACAGACACCAUCUCCCUCUUCGGCGGGAAAGUCCUCACCACCACCGCCGCCCUCGUCACCAACUACUCAGCCUCCGUCUCUGCCCUGGACCGCUACACCCAGCCCCCCAUCGAGGUCCGCGACGCCUCCUUCUGCAACAUCACCGUCACCUACACCCACCCCAACCAGGGCGAUACCCUGAUCGUCGAAGCCUGGCUGCCGUCGCCGGCUGAGAAGUGGAAUGACCGGCUUCAGGCGGUUGGUGGAGGUGGGUGGGUAGCUGGUCGGAGCGUGCAGGCCUACGGUACGAUGGCCGGGGCCGUUGCGGAUGGGUAUGCGGCUGUGACGACGGAUGCUGGGCUGGGGAGUGCGCAGGAUGCGGGGCCGUGGGCGUUGCGGAGUGAGGGGAAUUUGGAUUAUGUGGCGCUGGAGAAUUUGGGGUCGGUGUCAUUGGAGGAUGAGGCCAUCAUCGCCAAGUCACUUAUCAAGACCUACUAUGGUCGCGGCCCGGCCUAUUCGUACUGGAACGGUUGCUCGCAGGGCGGACGGCAAGGUCUGAUGCUUGCCCAGCGGUAUCCGACAGCGUACGACGGCAUCGCGGCCGGCGCGCCGGGGAUCCAAUGGACUGAUUUCUUCCCGACCAUGUUCUGGCCGCAGCAGGUUAUGAACCUGCUCGGUGAGUAUCCCAGCCCCUGUGAACUACAAGCUGUCACCGCGGCUGUGGUUACGGCCUGCGACAAACUUGACGGCGUUGUGGAUGGGAUCAUUGCCGAUGUCGACAAGUGUUUGACUACAUUCGACCCCUUCUCCCUAGUCGGCCAGAAACUCAAGUGUAAUGGUGAUCAGGAAGAGUCCGAAGCCCUUAUCAGUGAGGCCGCAGCCGUGGUAGCCAACGCCACAUGGAAGGGCCGUCGCAACGCGCAGGGCGUGCAAGUCUGGCCUGGACUCGACCCGGGCACCGAUAUUACCGCCGGCGUGGCUACAACCAAUUGCACUUCGGGGACAUGUGUGGGUGUGCCGCUGCCCAUCGCUACGCAGUGGUUGACAUUGUUUGUCGCACGGGAUCCCGAUUUCGAUUUGUCUAACUUGACCCACGGCGAGUUCGACUGGCUCGCCCACCAAGGCCAGCAGCGCUACGGGUCGUUCAUUGGGACCGACGACCCGGACCUCUCUGCUUUCCAUGGUGCUGGUGGAAAGCUCGUCACCUUUCAUGGUUUGGUCGAUCAACUCCUGCCACCUAAAGGCACCGUCAACUACUACAAAAAGGUCUCUGGUGUGAUCCCCGAAGUGGACGACUUCUAUCGUCAUUUCGAAGGCCCUGGGCUGGGCCACUGCGGGAUAAUGGGCACGUCGGGCCUCCCGGUCGGCCUCUUUGACCAGCUUCGUGCGUGGGUUGAGAACGGGACGGCGCCGGAUCAGACGCGGGUCGAUAUUACUGACCUGGAGGGAGAAACUCAACGGCGCAUUCUGUGUCCCUAUCCGCAAAAAGCGGUGUUUGACAAGGAUUGUGGUGCGACGGGUGACGAAAAGUGUUGGUCCUGUGGUAAGGAGUGA